UAUAAAAAGUUGCUGUCUGUUUAGUGGAGUACAUCAACGAGCAAACAGCAAAGGAUACUGAACACGUGGAAUCAGAGAGCAUCACGGUCUUCUUCAGUCACUGCAGUGAAGACAAGUCAACGCCAGACGAAAUCUCAAAGCACCUUCCCACAAUGAUGAUGAAGAUCUGUAUCAUCCUUCUUCUGUUUGUUGCGUCAGGCAACGCACAGAUGUCAACCACAGCUGCCCCAGCAGUAACCACAGCAGCCCCAGCGGUAACCACAGCUGCCCCAGCGGCAACCACAGUAGCCCCAGCGGCAACCACAGCUGCUCCAGCGGUAACCACAGCUGCUCCAGCGGUAACCACAGCUGCCCCAGCAGCAACCACAGCUGCCUCAUUAGUAACCACAGCUGCCCCAGGAGCAACCACAGCUGCCCCAGCAGCAACCACAGCUGCCCCAGCAGCAACCACAGUAGCCCCAGCAGUAACCACAGCUGCCCCAGCAGCAACCACAGCUGCCCCAGCAGCAACAACAGCAGCCCCAGCAGCAACCACAGCUGCCCCAGGAGCAACAACAGCUGCCCAAGCAGAAACCACAGCUGCCCCAGGAGCAACAACAGCUGCCCAAGCAGCAACCACAGCUGCCCCAGGAGCAACCACAGCUGCCCCAGCAGUAACCACAGCUGCCCCAGGAGCAACCACAGCUGCCCCAUCAGUAACCACAGCUGCCCCAGGAGCAACCACAGCUGCCCCAUCAGUAACCACAGCAGCCCCAGCAGCAACCACAGCUGCACCAGGAGCAACUACAGCUGCACCAGGAGCAACCACAGCAGCCCCAGCAGCAACCACAGCUGCCCCAUCAGUAACCACAGUAGCCCCAGCAGUAACCACAGCUGCCCCAGCAGUAACAACAGCAGCCCCAGCAGUAACCAUAGCUGCCCCAGCAGUAACAACAGCAGCCCCAGCAGCAACCACAGCUGCACCAGCAGCAACCACAGCUGCACCAGGAGCAACCACAGCUGCCCCAGCGGCAACCACAGCGGCCCCAGCAGUUGAAACCACAGCAGCCCCAGGAGCAACAACAGCAGCCCCAGCAGCAACCACAGCUGCACCAGGAGCAACCACAGCUGCCCCAGCAGCAAACACAGCUGCCCCAGCAGUUGCAACCACAGCUGCCCCAUCAGUAACCACAGCAGCCCCAGGAGCAACCACAGCUGCCCCAGCAGCAACCACAGCUGCCCCAGCAGCAACCACAGCUGCCCCAUCAGUAACCACAGCUGCCCCAGCAGUAACAACAGCAGCCCCAGCAGCAACCACAGCUGCACCAGGAGCAACCACAGCUGCCCCAGCAGCAACCACAGCUGCCCCAGGAGCAACAACAGCAGCCCCAGCAGCAACAACAGCAGCCCCAGCAGCAACCACAGCUGCACCAGCAGCAACCACAGCUGCCCCAGGAGCAACCACAGCUGCCCCAGCGGUAACCACAGCAGCCCCAGGAGCAACCACAGCUGCACCAGGAGCAACCACAGCUUCCCCAGCAGCAACCACAGCUGCCCCAUCAGUAACCACAGCAGCCCCAGCAGCAACCACAGCUGCCCCAUCAGUAACCACAGCAGCCCCAGCAGCAACCACAGCUGCCCCAGCAGUAACAACAGCAGCCCCAGCAGCAACCACAGCUGCACCAGGAGCAACCACAGCUGCACCAGGAGCAACCACAGCAGCCCCAGCAGCAACCACAGCUGCCCCAUCAGUAACCACAGCAGCCCCAGCAGUAACCACAGCUGCCCCAGCAGAAACAACAGCAGCCCCAGCAGCAACCACAGCUGCACCAGGAGCAACCACAGCUGCACCAGGAGCAACCACAGCUGCCCCAGCAGUUGAAACCACAGCUGGCCCAGCAGUUGAAACCACAGCUGGCCCAGGAGCAACAACAGCAGCCCCAGCAGCAACCACAGCUGCACCAGGAGCAACCACAGCUGCCCCAGCAGUUGCAACCACAGCUGCCCCAUCAGUAACCACAGCUGCCCCAGGAGCAACCACAGCUGCCCCAGCAGCAACCACAGCUGCACCAGGAGCAACCACAGCUGCACCAGGAGCAACCACAGCUGCCCCAGCAGCAACCACAGCUGCCCCAGCAGUUGCAACCACACCUGCCCCAGGAGCAACAACAGCAGGCCCAGCAGCAACAACAGCAGCCCCAGCAGCAACCACAGCUGCACCAGCAGCAACCACAGCUGCCCCAGCAGCAACCACAGCUGCCCCAGGAGCAACCACAGCUGCCCCAGCGGUAACCACAGCUGCCCCAGCAGCAACCACAGCUGCCCCAUCAGUAACCACAGUAGCCCCAGCAGUAACCACAGCUGCCCCAUCAGUAACCACAGCAGCCCCAGCAGCAACCACAGCUGCACCAGGAGCAACCACAGCUGCACCAGGAGCAACCACAGCUGCCCCAGCAGCAACCACAGCUGCCCCAGCAGUUGCAACCACAGCUGCCCCAGGAGCAACAACAGCAGCCCCAGCAGCAACCACAGCUGCCCCAGCAGCAACCACAGCUGCCCCAUCAGUAACCACAGCUGCCCCAGCAGUAACAACAGCAGCCCCAGCAGCAACCACAGCUGCACCAGGAGCAACCACAGCUGCCCCAGCGGUAACCACAGCAGCCCCAGGAGCAACCACAGCUGCACCAGGAGCAACCACAGCAGCCCCAGCAGCAACCACAGCUGCCCCAUCAGUAACCACAGCAGCCCCAGCAGCAACCACAGCUGCCCCAUCAGUAACCACAGCAGCCCCAGCAGUAACCACAGCUGCCCCAGCAGUAACAACAGCAGCCCCAGCAGCAACCACAGCUGCACCAGGAGCAACCACAGCUGCACCAGGAGCAACCACAGCAGCCCCAGCAGCAACCACAGCUGCCCCAUCAGUAACCACAGUAGCCCCAGCAGUAACCACAGCUGCCCCAGCAGAAACAACAGCAGCCCCAGCAGCAACCACAGCUGCACCAGCAGCAACCACAGCUGCACCAGGAGCAACCACAGCUGCCCCAGCAGUUGAAACCACAGCUGGCCCAGCAGUUGAAACCACAGCUGGCCCAGGAGCAACAACAGCAGCCCCAGCAGCAACCACAGCUGCACCAGGAGCAACCACAGCUGCCCCAGCAGUUGCAACCACAGCUGCCCCAUCAGUAACCACAGCUGCCCCAGGAGCAACCACAGCUGCCCCAGCAGCAACCACAGCUGCACCAGGAGCAACCACAGCUGCACCAGGAGCAACCACAGCUGCCCCAGCAGCAACCACAGCUGCCCCAGCAGUUGCAACCACACCUGCCCCAGGAGCAACAACAGCAGGCCCAGCAGCAACAACAGCAGCCCCAGCAGCAACCACAGCUGCACCAGCAGCAACCACAGCUGCCCCAGCAGCAACCACAGCUGCCCCAGGAGCAACCACAGCUGCCCCAGCGGUAACCACAGCAGCCCCAGCAGCAACCACAGCUGCCCCAUCAGUAACCACAGUAGCCCCAGCAGUAACCACAGCUGCCCCAUCAGUAACCACAGCAGCCCCAGCAGCAACCACAGCUGCACCAGGAGCAACCACAGCUGCCCCAGCAGCAACCACAGCUGCCCCAGCAGUUGCAACCACAGCUGCCCCAUCAGUAACCACAGCAGCCCCAGGAGCAACCACAGCUGCCCCAGCAGUAACCACAGCUGCCCCAGGAGCAACCACAGCUGCCCCAGCAGCAACCACAGCUGCCCCAUCAGUAACCACAGCUGCCCCAGCAGUAACAACAGCAGCCCCAGCAGCAACCACAGCUGCACCAGGAGCAACCACAGCUGCACCAGGAGCAACCACAGCUGCCCCAGCAGCAACCACACCUGCCCCAGGAGCAACAACAGCAGCCCCAGCAGCAACAACAGCUGCCCCAGCAGCAACCACAGCUGCACCAGCAGCAACCACAGCUGCCCCAGCGGCAACCACAGCUGCCCCAGGAGCAACCACAGCUGCCCCAGCGGUAACCACAGCAGCCCCAGGAGCAACCACAGCUGCACCAGGAGCAACCACAGCAGCCCCAGCAGCAACCACAGCUGCCCCAUCAGUAACCACAGUAGCCCCAGCAGUAACCACAGCUGCCCCAGCAGUAACCAUAGCAGCCCCAGCAGCAACCACAGCUGCACCAGGAGCAACCACAGCUGCACCAGGAGCAACCACAGCUGCCCCAGCAGCAACCACAGCUGCCCCAGCAGUUGCAACCACAGCUGCCCCAGUAGCAACCACAGCAGCCCCAGCGGCAAACACAGCGUCCCCAGCAGCAACCACAGCUGCCCCAUCAGUAACCACAGCUGCCCCAGCAGCAACAACAGCAGCCCCAGCAGCAACCACAGCUGCACCAGCAGCAACCACAGCUGCCCCAUCAGUAACCACAGUAGCCCCAGCAGUAACCACAGCUGCCCCAGCAGAAACAACAGCAGCCCCAGCAGCAACCACAGCUGCACCAGCAGCAACCACAGCUGCACCAGGAGCAACCACAGCUGCCCCAGCAGUUGAAACCACAGCUGGCCCAGCAGUUGAAACCACAGCUGGCCCAGGAGCAACAACAGCAGCCCCAGCAGCAACCACAGCUGCACCAGGAGCAACCACAGCUGCCCCAGCAGUUGCAACCACAGCUGCCCCAUCAGUAACCACAGCUGCCCCAGGAGCAACCACAGCUGCCCCAGCAGCAACCACAGCUGCACCAGGAGCAACCACAGCUGCACCAGGAGCAACCACAGCUGCCCCAGCAGCAACCACAGCUGCCCCAGCAGUUGCAACCACACCUGCCCCAGGAGCAACAACAGCAGCCCCAGCAGCAACCACAGCUGCCCCAGCAGCAACCACAGCUGCCCCAGCAGCAACCACAGCUGCCCCAGCAGUAACCACAGCUGCCCCAGCAGUAACAACAGCAGCCCCAGCAGCAACCACAGCUGCACCAGGAGCAACCACAGCUGCCCCAGCGGUAACCACAGCAGCCCCAGGAGCAACCACAGCUGCCCCAGCAGUUGCAACCACAGCUGCCCCAGGAGCAACAACAGCAGCCCCAGCAGCAACCACAGCUGCCCCAGGAGCAACCACAGCUGCCCCAGCAGUAACCACAGCUGCCCCAGGAGCAACCACAGCUGCCCCAGCAGCAACCACAGCUGCCCCAUCAGUAACCACAGCUGGCCCAGGAGCAACAACAGCAGCCCCAGCAGCAACCACAGCUGCACCAGGAGCAACCACAGCUGCCCCAGCAGCAACCACAACUGCCCCAGCAGUUGCAACCACAGCUGCCCCAGCAGUAACCACAGCUGCCCCAGGAGCAACCACAGCUGCCCCAGCAGCAACCACAGCUGCCCCAUCAGUAACCACAGCUGCCCCAGCAGUAACAACAGCAGCCCCAGCAGCAACCACAGCUGCCCCAUCAGUAACCACAGCAGCCCCAGCAGCAGCAACCACAGCUGCCCCAUCAGUAACCACAGUAGCCCCAGCAGUAACCACAGCUGCCCCAGCAGUAACAACAGCAGCCCCAGCAGCAACCACAGCUGCACCAGGAGCAACCACAGCUGUCCCAGCAGCAACCACAGCAGCCCCAGCAGUUGCAACCACAGCUGCCCCAGGAGCAACAACAGCAGCCCCAGCAGCAACCACAGCUGCACCCGGAGCAACCACAGCUGCCCCAGCAACAACCACAGCAGCCCCAUCAGUUUCAACCACAGCUGCCCCAGGAGCAACAACAGUAGCCCCAGCAGCAACCACAGCUGCCCCAGGAGCAACCACAGCUGCCCCAGCAGCAACCACAGCUGCCCCAGCAGCAACCACAGCUGCCCCAGCAGCAACCACAGCUGCCCCAGCGGCAACCACAGCUCCCCCAGCAGCAACCACAGCUUCCCCAGGAGCAUCCACAGCUGCCCCAGGUGCAACCACAGCUCCCCCAGCAGCAACCACAACAAUCAUAGCCUCUUCUGCGGUCAUCAACAAAACAAGUUUCCUUCUUGUCAUUGCACUUCUUACAGCAGUUCUUUGGAAUUAAGAAUUGGAAUGAAACAAAAGACUUACUAAUAGCAA